CAACAUGGCCGUACAGUGAGAGGAACGCUAGCAAAACUCACAGCUCGCAUUGAAAAUAUUAUAGCAUAGCGACGUUGUUUUGUUUUUUUUUGAAUAUUCUGAAUCGAACCCCUGUGUCGCGAUGUGGCUGCCACUUUACACAGUCUGUUUGAGAAGCCAGACAACCUGCACACGGCGCUUCGCUGCGGCUCUUUUAAAACUAUCAAGACACGGGGGUGAUGCUAACGUUUCUCACUUCAGUCAUUCAGCUGGACUCUCUGCACAAACAUGCAUGGCACUUCGGUACAGAAAACAUGGAGACCCUUCUCAAGUCGUUCAGUUGGAGGGUGUCGAUCUGCCCCCCAUAGGUGCAAAGGAUGUCCUGGUUAAAAUGCUUGCAGCCCCAAUAAACCCGUCUGACAUCAACAUGAUUCAAGGUACUUAUGCCAUCCUGCCUGACCUCCCAGCUGUUGGGGGCAACGAAGGGGUGGCCCAGGUCAUAGAGGUGGGCAGCCAGGUGAACUCCCUCAAAACAGGAGACUGGGUCAUCCCAAGAGAUGCUGGUCUAGGGACAUGGAGGACAGAGGCAGUACUAGCUGAGGACGAUGUCAUCUCGCUACCGAAUGAUAUCCCCUUGUUGUCCGCUGCCACACUGGGGGUGAACCCCUGCACUGCUUUCAGGAUGCUCUCUGACUUUGAAGAUCUAAAGCCAGGAGAUACAGUGAUCCAGAACGCAGCCAACAGUGGAGUUGGGCAGGCUGUAAUACAGAUUGCUGCUGCAAGGAGAAUAAACACUGUCAAUGUCAUCCGAGACAGGCCAGACUUCACACAGCUCAGUGAUAGGUUGAAGGCCAUGGGAGCAACUCAUGUAAUCAAAGAAGAGACGCUGAGGCGGCCUGAGAUUAAGGAACUGUUCAAGACAUGUCCAAAGCCAAAACUGGCAUUAAAUGGAGUCGGGGGCAAGAGUGCAACAGAACUGCUCCGUCAUCUACGGGUUGGAGGCUCUAUGGUGACAUAUGGAGGGAUGGCCAAACAGCCAGUUACUGUCCCUGUGAGUGCUCUCAUUUUCAAGGAUGUGAAGGUUCGGGGAUUUUGGGUCACACAGUGGAAGAGAGAUCACUCAGACGAUGAAAGGAUGUUUAGAGCUAUGCUGGAUGAACUGUGCUCCCUCAUCCAGCAGGGAAAGCUGACAGCUCCUGCCUGCACUGAAGUGGGACUCCAAGACUACAACAAAGCACUUGACGCAGCUAUGCAGCCUUUCAGUUCAGCUAAACAGGUCCUAAUCAUGUAAAUUGACUGGUCUUGGCAAAU